AUGAUGACGCGCAACCCGGCCGAGGUUGCGGGGCGCAUCCUGACCAACUGCUGGGUGGCGGCCACCAUGGGGCUGCUGUACUACGACAUCCCCAAGGACAGCUCCGCUCUUAAGGGCAAGAUCAACAUGCUGCUCAACGUCCUGGCCUUCUUCUGCCUCAUGCCCUACGUCAGCAUGAGCCUCUACACCGCCAGCAAGCAGUCGUACCUCGCUGACGUCAGCGCCAAGCUCUACUCCCCCUCCGCGUACUACCUGGCAAAGGUGUCUGCCACGCUCCCGUUCCAGCUGGUGAGCUCCAUGUCCUUCACCUUCAUCGUCUACGGCAUGGCGGGGCUGCGCAACACCGUGGCGUGCAUCUUCUCCCACGGCCUGAUGACGACGCUGCUCAGCCUCAUCGCGGUGCAGGCGCGUGCAAAGGAGGGGGCCAGCGGUGCCUUGUGA